UUUCGAUAUUUGAUCAUGCAUUUUCUUUGUCACUUGUCAUUGUGCUGUUUGCUUAUGUAAACCUGUGCAAGAAUUUAUAUUUUAAAGAGCAGCUAUGAAGGCAUAUGUCAUUUCUAACCUUUCGGCUGGAUGAAGCUGCAUAAGCUGGUCUCGCCUGCGCCUGAUGCUGUCCAGUGCUCUCCGCUGCCUGCGUCCCUCCACCUGCACCCUUGCCUUAACCAGACAGCUGACCCAUCACCGGCCCCACAUGGGUCCUGUGGAGACCACAAUACGGACCAAACUGGCCCAGGCCCUCAAACCUGAGCACCUGGAGGUCAUGAACGAGAGUCACAUGCACGCCGUACCCGCUGGUUCAGAGUCCCACUUCAGAGUUCUGGUGGUGAGUCCUCAGUUUGAGGGUCUUUCGCUCUUGCAGCGUCAUCGGCUUGUAAACGAGACCCUGCGGGAGGAGCUCAGCAGCUGCGUUCAUGCCCUCGCCAUCCAGGCUAAGACGCCUCAGCAGUGGAGCAGCAACCCCAGCCUGGCCAAAAGCCCCCCGUGCAUGGGAGGAUCCAAGCAUGAUAACACGAUGGCUGAGAAACUGAAGGCGGGUCGAGACUGACUGACCAAAACUUAGUGUUGAUGGGGAUUUAAUAAUAUAGUAAUCAGCUAUGAAGUUUUAUCAGCAUGCAUAUUUCUCACCUGGAGCUGAUCGGGACUAAUACACUAUUUAAUUGACUUCAUACAAACAAUAUUAUUAUUAUUAUGCAAUUUGUUCUUAUUGGCUUGGACUGGUUAAGUACUAUAAU